CGUUUCCCUUCACCCAGCAUGUUCAUUCCCCUUGGCUGAAAACCUGCUAGUGGAGUAAAAAGGAAAAAAAGUCCACCUUUGCUGCAUGAUAGUUGUAGUUUGAUGUCUAACUAGUUUAAUGCUAACAGCAGCCGAUGGUAACUGCUCAUCCGCCAGUGAUUAGCGAGCUAGCAUGCAAGCGACAUGACUGUUUUUAUUUAGCUCCAUUAUCACUUUCAUAAGCAUGAUCUAGGGCUGGGCGAUAUGGCCUUUAAAUAUAUUUUUUUUCCUUAUAAAAAAAUCACAUUUUUAAUAGAUUUUGAUUUAUUAAUAGGUGCAUUUUAUGUACACUGAUUGCAUUCCACUUGGCUCCUUUCUGAGUCCCUCGCAAAACAAUAAAAACAAAAAUUAAAAAAAGAUUCCGUUCAUGUUAGCUGUUUUUUAAAUUUUUUUUUAGUGACUAUUAAAAUAUAGUAUUAUUGUCUUCCAGGGGUCGGAAAAGACUAAAUAUAGCGACUAAAUCACAAAGCUGGCAACACUGACUGUUUUUGUAAACUGGCUCCUCUGUACGCAGCCAUGUUGUUAGUGGAAGCAGUGCAUAUCAAAUAGGCAAAAUGGAUAAGUAUUUAAAUUAAUUACAUUUAUUUGGAUUUCUUUGUAAUAGAUUAGGAAUAUUUAGGUUGAAAGGUUAAAAACUGACGUUCACAUUUAUGUUCUUGGUCCUUGGAAAAAUUCCCCCCUGUAAGAAGUCCCUGGUCCCCAAAAAUGUAAGAAAUCCUAAACGUAGCUCCUCCCCGACAUACAAAGCUUGUCUGUCAUUUGGGAUGUAUCACGUCAACAUAGUUCCUUCAUACAGAUGUACUACUUCCCUAUUAGACAGAGGUUUGGCACCAUCUUGGGGCAUCUUAUGACAUUCCUGAAAGUUUUUCAGCAAGUGAUUUAAUUAGCGAAAAGUGAACCACAUAUGUGCAGGGAAUUACUGUAAUCGAUCAAAUCAAACAAUCGGCCAGCCCUAUCAUUAUGUUCCAGGAGGGGUCCAUACAGCUUGUGUGCCUCACAGCCAACAGCGGCGUUCCCCUAUUUACAAGGGGCGCCUCCAGACAGCUCCCCUUCUCAAUCAUUGGCUCCCUGAAUGGCGUUCACAUGUUCGGAAGAGGACAAGGGGUGCUGUUGUCCAGUUGUGAGACGGAGGGCGGCGGGAGAGUGGUGUGGCGAGUCUUCCAGGACAGCUUGAUGCUCAUCGCCGUGAGCGCGGCUCACCAGGCGGGCCAGGCUGCGGACAGCAGUAAAGGGGAGCGCCUACAUCUCCAGCGCCUCCUGGAGAACGUGUGGAGCUGCAUGGUGAUGGUCCUGGGCCAGGACGAGCUGGUCAACGCGAGGAAUGUGGAGCGACUGAAGAGGGACCUGCGCUCAUGCUUCGGCCUCAUCGACGAGCUGCUGGAGGAGCGUCGCCCGGGCGUCCUGGGCCACCUGACGCACUGCGCCGACUGCUUUCUGCCCCCGCAGCCGACCCUCCUCCAGGAGGCCGUGCAGGGCUUCGCCAAAGCUGCUGAGAGCGAGUUCGGCUGCCUCCUGGUCCACGGGCGGGUCGUCGCUGCCACGGAGAUGUGGUGGCGCCUCGCCCCGCGGGAAAUAGUCCUGCUCUCGGCUUUAAUGCGGGUCCUCUCAGACUCCGGUGCCGCCUCCUGUGACUACCCGGUGUUCCUCCCUCAGGGCAGCCCCACCGUGGCCCACCGCCUCCUCCGCUUCCAGCUGCUCCUGGGGGCCGACGUGUGUGUGCUGUGUGGCCCUUUGCCCUCCCUUCACGGCGCAGAGAGCGCCCUGGUGGGUCGCUUCUGGUCACCCCUGACGGACACCCUGAGAGACUGCCUCGCUUUAGGAGAACGCUGCCUUCCCGCAUCCGUGACCGUACGCCCCGACGUGCUGGCCUUCCUCCUCAUCAACCGCGAGAGCCACCGCUCCGUCUCCUGCGUGCCCGCCCCCUCGUGCGCCCGGCCACAAAACGACCCCCCCUCGCCCUCUGCGGCUCGCUGCUGGGAGCUCCUCAAGCUCUUCUACGUUUUCUGCAUGACGCGCUACUUCAAGCAGGAGCAGGAGGAGGCGGAGGCCGCCACGGCGGAGGAGGGCGCCGCCCACCAGUGGAACACAGAGGACUUUGUUGGUGGAUUCUCCCACCAGCCACAGCAGUGCUAUUUGGUCACAGACGAGUGUAAAAGUUUCGCACUCCAGACGCCACAGCAUCAACUCUUCCUCCUGGCACUGCCGACGGCGCCGACAUUUGCCCUGAACAACAUCGCUGCACAGACUCUCUCAAGUAUUACUGCUGCUACUGAUUUCUAAUGACCUUAUUUCUGACUGCCACCAAGGCUUAAAAGUCCUAUCUUGAUUCACGAUCUUUAUUAGCCAGCUUAUUUCCCCCCUGUAUCACUGUUCUGAAUAGACGACACAGACACAUAAUGGGGGCGGAAAGUCAGCUCCCGAAUUUCCUGCUAGAGUCGUAACAAGCCUCUUUUACUCUGAGACAUCUCUGCCCUGUGUUUGAAAGGCACCGUUGCAACA